AAGUUCCAUUGAUGUCAUAUAUCYGAGAGAGAAUGGAAGAGAUCCGUCACUUCAGUCAUACRAAUCAUCCAUUGAAGUUGAUUGAAAACYGGGAGACRGUUUUUCAUGUUGGUGACGGUAAUCAUGAAAAAAAGGAGCUCGUCUGUUAUGGAUGUCAAGAUCCCAUUUCGGGUGGCUCAAUGUACGGAUGCAUCUCAUGUUGUCACUUUUUGCACGAGGUAUGUGCAAAGCUAACGCUSACUUUCAAUCACUAUUUACAUCCCUUGCAUCCUCUUACACUCAUUGAACAACACAAAAGYAUYUGGAUCUGUGAUGUGUGYGGUAAUCAAGGCAGAUCUGGCUUUAGCUACCAUUGUUUUCAGUGUAAGUUUGAUGCAUGUACAAAAUGUGUUGUUGCUCUUGUUACUCGAGAGGCUGCUGAACUUGCACUUAAGGAAGAAGCACUGAUCAAGCUUGAACACAGAGGUCACCCACAACACACGUUAACCCUCCAACUAAGACCAGCAUCAUUCAAUUGCGAUGCUUGCGAUAUGAAGGAAGAAGACUUAUUUUAUCAGUGUSAUAGUUGUAAUUUCUGGAUUCACAAGACUUGUGCUUUCUUAGUCCCGACCAUCAAUCUACCUCAUCACCCUAAUCAUCCUCUCGUYCUCGUCUAUUCACUUCCAGAUAAUUUCUAYAGUUUCUUAUAUUUUUGUGACUUCUGCAACAAGCUCAUCCARCGAAACAUAUGGUUGUAUCACUGUCCAAAUUGUAGAUAUUUUGUUCACAUCAAGUGCGCCUUAAAUGUAGAGCAACCUUCUGUACCAAGCGAUGCCAUCAGUACUUCUCAUGUCGAAGAACACGAAAAUGAUUGUAUGCAGUUUCCCAUGUCGGAUGCAUUCAUAGAUCCACUGAAACGACUGCAUUUUGGAAAGAUGGCCCGGGAUGAGGGUGACGUAAUAGAGAUAAACCAUUGGAGCCAUAAUCAUGCAUUAAUCCUUAAUAUUGAAUCUGAAGGAAAUAACAUGCCCAACUUCAAUUGUAGUGAUUCAAUAGAGAUCAUUCACUUGACUUGGUAAACACCUAUGAGGAUGACGACUAUUACCAAUGCAACGGUUGUGGCAGCUACGGCAACACGUUUG